AUGGUGGCGCGACUGACGUGCGUCGGCGGGUUCGGUACGUUCCGAGAAACGGCGAGCUUCACCGCCGACGACAGUGACGAGAUCGUCGCUGCUGCCGGUGGCCACUCGAUCACGCUCGUCGCGUGCAGAGAUGCGGGUGUCGUCGGCUACGGCACGGCCUUCCACGGCGAACUCGGCCCCAACGGCCUCUCGUUGCGUCUGACCACCUUGUCGAUUGUUCGCGUCUCUUGCGGCGGAAGCUUUGUCGUCGCUGCCUCGUCCGACGGCGCGUGUUAUGCAUGGGGCCAGGGCAGCACGGAGCCCAUAAAGCUGCCAGAGAUCACCGGCGCCGUCGACGUGGCGGCCGGCGAAGGCCAUGCGCUCGCGCGGACCGCAGAUAACGUCGUCUUCUCGUGGGGCAACAACCAGUAUGGACAGUGCGGCAUCGGCGUCUGCUCACCGCGCGUCGAUGUACCGACAGCGUUGGCCGAGCACUGGAAAUCUGUGGCCGCCGGCGCGCAGCACUCGGCGAUGAUUGCGACCAACGGCGAUCUCUACACCUUUGGGUGGGGCCAGUACCACCAGCUCGGCCUUGGUAGCACCGCCGACCAGCCGAGCCCGGCGUGCGUCACGAGCCUCCAAGGAGUCGGCGACUACGUCCGCGGUGUCUUUACAGGCUUGCGGCAGGUCGCGUGCGGCGCGUGGCACACUGUCGCGCUGACGACGACGGGCGACAUGUACACGUGGGGGUGGGGCCAGCAUGGCCAGUUGGGCGGUUCGCACCUUGCCAGCCAUAUCUUCCCGACGCUGCUGUCCUUACACGACGAGGACGCGACGUUCGUCAGCAUUGCCUGCGGCACAAGACACACCGCGGGGCUCACGGACGACGGUCGAGUGCAUCUCUGGGGCAUGCACACGCCGUCGCACGACCUCGUGGCCGGCAAAUCCGCCGACGCCAACACCUCUCACACCAUCGUGGCUGCGCCCGGGUGCACUGCGAUCGCCGCGGGUGCCUACCACACGCUGCUGCUAACACCUUGAGGCUCUUGUCAUACAAAGGGUGUCGUUUACUUAGUUUUUGUAU